AUGUCGGGGGCCACCGAGGACCUAACAUGUGAGGAAUGUUUUUCCGCUCAAGGGGCCAACGGUUCCGAGUUAAAUGGACUCUCCAGUGUGGACGACGAUGAACUUCUACACUACAUCUGGACUGAGUAUUUACACCCAAAGCAUUAUGAGUGGGUUCUCAUUGCAGCUUAUAUAUUUGUGUUUUUCGUGUCACUCAUCGGCAACUCAUUGGUUUGUUUUGCAGUAUGGAAAAAUCGCCACAUGCGCACUGUGACCAACUAUUUCAUAGUGAAUCUCUCCCUCGCUGAUGUCCUGGUCACUCUCAUCUGCCUGCCUGCAAGUCUAGUAGUUGAUAUCACAGAGACGUGGUUCUUUGGACAGACACUUUGCAAAGUUGUGCCCUAUCUGCAGACUAUCUCGGUUUCUGUGUCCGUCCUGACGCUGAGCUGCAUUGCGCAAGACCGCUGGUACGCCAUCUGCCACCCGCUGCUGUUCAAAAGCACCGCCAGGAGGGCAUGCAAAAGCAUUGUUAUCAUCUGGGUAGUGUCGUGCAUCAUUAUGAUCCCUCAAGCCAUUGUGAUGGAGAGCAGUAGUCUACUGCCGGCACUCACAAACAAGACCAGUCUGUUCACUGUAUGUGAUGAACACUGGGAAGUCGAGAUCUACCCUAAAGUAUAUCACAGCUGUUUCUUCAUUGUCACAUAUUUAGCACCUUUAUGUCUCAUGGUGUUGGCCUACAUCCAGAUCUGCCAUAAACUGUGGUGUCAACAGAUUCCUGGAAGCUCAUCAGUUUUACAGAGAAAGUGGAAGACCAUGCAGUGCUCGGCGGCAACUGCCGGGCCGGGAGAAUCUGUCCGGGUCAAGACCAGCACUGUUUGUGCUGAGAUCAAACAGAUCCGAGCACGACGCAAAACGGCACGCAUGCUGAUGGUGGUGCUCUUUGUAUUUGCUGUGUGCUACCUGCCAAUCAGCGUACUCAAUGUAAUGAAAAGAGUCUUUGGGACCUUCAAGAACACAAACGACAGAGAGACGGUGUACGCUUGGUUCACUUUUUCACAUUGGCUCAUAUAUGCCAAUAGUGCACUCAAUCCCAUCAUCUACAAUUUCCUGAGCGGGAAGUUCCGUGAGGAGUUCAAAGCAGCCUUUUCUUGCCAUUGUCACAGUCAAGGCCAAGAGAGACCGAAGCGAAUCGGGGCCCGAAUGAGCACGGACAGCCGAAAGUCACUCUCCACUCACGUUAACAACAUGGACAAUGUGUCACACAUAUCAGAUCAAAUAGUGUAA